AUGGCAAUGGAUCAAGAGGCAAAUACCUCUCACGAAAAGGAUGCCACAGCGAUUCAGGAGCUCGAAACCGUAAAAGCUAGUGGUCUUGCUGCACACGAGUAUGUUUCCUUAACUCCAGAGGAAGCGAAAUUUGAACGAUGUCUGGUCCGGAAGGUUGAUUUACUCGCCUUACCAAUGAUUUCUCUUAUGUAUUUCCUUGCUUCGUUGGACCGCGCCGAUGUGAGCAAUGCUGCGGUUGCUGGCAUGUCAGAGCAGCUUACCAUAACAUCACAACAGCUGAGCAACUGUGUUGCAUUUUUCUUUAUUGGAUACAUUGUUUUCCAGGUUCCUGGUCUGUUGUUUAUUCGACAGAUCCAACCUCAAAAUCAACUUGGUUUAGCUAUGAUUGUAUGGGGUACAAUGACUACCAUCCUGUGUAAAGCCAUAGACUGGCAAUACAUUGCUGUUGUCAGAGUCUUCAUUGGCGGCGCAGAAGCAUUUCUCCAAGCAGGUCCUCUGUACCUGACAUUUUGGUACAAAAGAGAAGAGCUCGCCAGCCGUGGAUCAAUCAUCAUGGCAAUGAUGGCGAUUGCAGGAUUUAUGAAUGGGUUGAUAGCAUAUGGCAUCGAAAAGAACAUGGGUGACGUUCACGGAUGGGGAAGCUGGAGAUGGAUAUUCUUGAUCGAAGGAGUCCUCACUGUUGGGAUGGCAUUUGUGGUUAGGGUGAUUCUGCCUCCUGUGCCAGAGAAGAUACGAUGGUUUUUCUCUGAGAAGGAAAAGGAGAUUGCGAUUCGGAGAUCGCGACAGGCGUUCAAUGUGCCUUAUUCAAGAUUGUCGGCUAACCAUUUACUGCUUGUUUUAAAAGACCCCAAGGUUUGGUUUUAUACAUUCGCAUAUUGUAUGAUGAACAUCAGUCUCACGGCUUUUAGUAGCUUCUUACCAUUAAUCAUUAAAUCGUUUGGGUAUGAUUCACUAAAAACACAGCUUUUCACAGUACCUGUUUUCAUUUGUGCUGGGGUGUCGACGUUGUUUAUCGGCUUCACUUCGGACCGAAUGAAGAGGAGAGGAAUUCUCGUAAUUCUAUGUUUUGCGACUGCAGCAGUUGGAUGGAUUAUACUCAUUCUGAGCAAAUCGACAGAGCUUUCAUAUGCUGGGACAUUUCUGGUCGGAGCAGGCACUUAUCCAACAGUUGUUUUGAUCCAAUCCUGGCAAAACUCCAAUGUCAUUGGCUACACAAAAAGGGCUGGUGCGCUCGCACUUCUGAUGGUAUUUGGACAAAGCUUUGCUCUCAUGACCGCUGAGAUAUUCAACGAUCCUCCACACUAUUACCAAGGCAAAGGAUUGAGUUUCGCCGGAAUGGCAUUAACAGCAUUAUUGACUCCAAUAUUCAUGCUAUACCUCAAGAGAGAGAAUGACAAGAAGGAUCAACUAGCAUCUUCUAUGGAAGCCCAGCAGCAGCGGCUGAAAAGUCUUGAGGAGUUGUGUGAUGCCCACCCUGAUUUCAGGUACUGGAUUUAG